CGGUCUCUUGCGAGUGGGAGCAGCCGCGCAACCAUCACAGUUGCACCUUCCAUCCAUUGUUCACUUGCUCUUGAUAGGUACAGCGUUUUGUGUCACGCAAGAGCACUCCAAGGCAACUGCACUCGGCCUCGAUUUAUUUUCCAUCAUACUCCAGGCCACUGCAGGGGGCCAUCACAACAGAAAUCGCUGACUGGAUGCGAGAAACUGAGUGGCCAGACUUAGACCCGAGAAAGCUCUUCCUGACCAAAAGAAUAUAAGUCGAUCGACUAAUUGCGACGACGGCCACAAAAUGGUAAUCUUGAACUUCACGCUCAGCGAGGAGGGCGUGUCUGUUUUCCACGACGCCCUCGCCUGCAUGUACAAGUUCAGUGAUGAUGUUUGCUUGGAAGCAAGAAGGGACAAGCUUACCUUGACUACUCUCAACAUCUCAAAGUCAGCAUACGUUUGCUUCACUUUUGCCGCUAACAGGUUCUUCUCCCGUUACCAUUUCGAGGGGAAUGCCCAGUAUCGAGAUAGAUUCUUCUGCCAACUCUAUAUCCGGUCCCUCUUGUCCAUCUUUCGGUCUCGCCAAGGUGGUGAUUCUGCACGGGAUAAAGAUGCUUCCAUCGAGCGCUGUGAUGUUGCCAUUGACGAUGGCCCUGGCAAGAAGAGCCGGUUGAUUGCCAGAAUCUCUUGCAGGAACGGAAUCACCGCGUCUCAUUCUCUACCGUUCGAAUCAAAGCCACCAACUCAUGCCAAGUUUGAGAAGGACGAGGCUGGGAAUCGUUGGUCGAUCUCAUCUAGCACACUGCGACAACUCAUGGAUCAUUUCGGUCCGGGUAUUGAAUUGCUUGAUAUCAACACGGAUGACGAUGAUCAUGUUGUGAACUUUACCUGCUUCACGGACAAGGUGCAGAAACGCGGCCCUCAUGGCAAUGAAGCUGUCCUCAAGAAGCCGCUUCACACCAACAUUUCUGUAGAAAUGGCCGAGUUUAAUGAGGUUGAAGUCCAAGACAAACUUCACAUCAUCAUUAGUGUCAAGGAUUUCCGAGCCAUUCUGCAACACGCUCAAAUAAUCAGCGGAGAGCUCGCAACCUACUACUCGGAGCCCGGACGCCCGAUGAAGUUAUCUUAUAGUGCGGACGGUAUCCUGUGCGAGUUCAUCCUCAUGACGGUUGGAGAACAGGAUGCCAUCACUCAGAAGCACAAAAAUACCAGGGCGAGGGCUUCAAAGACCCCAAAACCGGGUUCGGGUCCGGGACCGGGUCCUGCGUCUAAGCCCGACGGCUCUGUUGCAAACAAUGAGGCCAAAGACGUUCCAAAACCAGCGCAGAAGCCUCCUCAACAAAAGACACCUCCACAACCACGACAGACACAAUUUGAAAUUCGACCACCACCCAUACCGCCUCGAAGCCCGGUGGCCGCCAGGACUGAUCGAUCUGAUUCGCCGUUAUUCGUUGAGCAAGGCGACGAGGACCGGCAAUGGGAUCCCGUGGAUCGUGAGGAUGAAGAGGAGAUGGACAACGCUAGAGUCGAGUGGAAUGCAACGGGCGAGCCGGUACUUCUACGUCAUUUCCCUCUAGUCGCCAGAAAAAAGAUGGCUAACAUCCACUCCAGAACCCGCCGUCCUUGCGAAUUAGCAGUUUACUGGCAAGACCGGCUGUGCCCGGUAAUGAGCCAGACAGACUUGCUGGGGGACUCGAGCCAACCCAGCAGCUUUCUGAGGCAUGUAUCUUGUUGUCUCCUAUGUCUAUUCUUUUGCUAACUGGCAAUCAGGUUCGGCGCUUUGGUUUAUUUUCCUCUUGACCAAGUAAACCGAGCAGUGCUUAAAGGGGUGGUUUAGUUCAUGUACUGUAACAUACGACUUAGCAGUCAUCCUCGGCAUAUCUUUGACUGUUCCCAAGGCUCUAAGUUGACGGCAUCUGUAUUGCCACCCAACUGGUGGCACAGCCGGCCCCGAUGGUGGUUAUUUUAGCGCCCGAAGGAAUGAACUUCGACGACGCAAUAACGUUCUGCUGACCCUUUGUGACAUCCGAACUACUGAGCGGUCCGCAGUUGCCGUGUUCACCCCAGCCCCAGGCUGUAACGUCGCCCUCCUCGCUCAAGGCCAGUGCAUGUUCGCUCCCCACCGCAAUAUGUUUGGUUUGGGGUAGGUUCGCGGGAGCGAGUUGACCAUGGUCAUUACGGCCCCAGCUCAAUAAGCUUCCAUCUCCCUUCAAGAUGAACAGGUUGCCCCAACUAGCACCGACCUCUCGCCAUCCGACAACCUGGUCCGGAACUUCACCCCUGAUCCCCCAUUUGUCUGAACCAAGGACCAUGAUGUUACCGCUUUCAGGGCUUCCCAGAAAGCAUGUGAAUUCCUUUCCACAGACCGCUUUCACAACCUUGAAGCCCAAACCCUCGAUUUUGCGGGGUGAGUGAACAAUAUCCUCCGGCGCUCCGAUCUGACCCUUCCGGCCAUUACCCCAACCCCAAACGUCACCAUUGCUUAAAACUGCAACGACAUGGCCCAUACAAGCGGCGAGAUCGACAACUUCCGUGUCCGGGGGAGGAAAAUCUGGAAUCAGAGACGGAGUCGCCGUACGGAAGAUGAACGUGCCCAAGCCCAACUCGCCUUUCAGGCCGGUGCCGCAAGAGUAGACUCUGGUGUUGCGACCUUGGGCAUCCAGGCGGGUAAAGAUGCUUGCUUCCCAGGCAGCUGCAACCAUACCUACCCUGAAUGGGUCUUGGGGUGUUGAUACAGAUGAAAUGUCGACCGGGUGAAAUCGAGGAGGCUGCGAAAUUUGUGUUUGAGUGAACUUGCCACAGGCACCGGUAUUCGGGUCUCCGCUCCAGUAGAUGUCGCCGGUCGUAGUCAAAAUAAUUGUGUGGUUACCUCCAGCAACAAUCUUGGUGAUGGAGGCGGUAGCCGGAAGGUCUGCAUCAAAAUGGGCAUCCUUUGGAACGGAAACGUCUUCUUUGUGGCCGAUGCCUAGCUGGCCGGAGCCAUUAGAUCCAAGAGCGAAGAGUAGCAGCAUUCUGAUGCAACUUCUCGAUUAAUGGACUGAGCGAGGCGGAAUGAUGAUAAGUCGAUGUUUUCCCGGAAAUGUCCCGUCUUUUAAUCGUGGCAACUAAGGAUGACGACGGCAUUCAUUGCAGCCUCCGCGCACAGCCGGUGCCGGG